GUCAUGUGAUCGCACCAACCUCGUGACCACGCGCAGGGCUCACUUCCUGUUGAUGUUCUGCGAGCCAAUCAAAUCCGCGAGCUCGGAAUAAACCCCACCCUCGUGUUGUGGCGCCUUGUGGCUGUGACGUCACGCAACGCACAAUGGCGGCUGCUGAUCUGAGAGACGAGCUCAGUUGCUCCAUCUGUCAGGACAUUUAUAUAGAUCCUGCAAUGCUGCAGUGUGGGCACAACUUCUGCCAGGGCUGCAUUGCGAGGGUGCUGGAUACCCAGGAGGGAUCUGGGGGUUACACCUGCCCUGAAUGCAGAGAGGAGUACGAGGAGCGCCCUGCCCUGCACAGGAACAGGACUCUGGGUAACAUAAUAGAGCGAUUCCGUGCAACCCAAUCAGAUCCAAGGGAGACUGGGAUCCUCUGCACUUACUGUAUCCACACUUCUAUACCUGCUGCCCAAUCCUGCCUGCAGUGCGAGGCUUCUCUCUGUGUCACCCACCUGGACAUACACAACAAGUCACUGGAACAUUUCUUAAUCAAACCCAUAUCUUGUUUUGAGAGUAGAAAAUGUUCCACCCACAACAAGCUCCUGGAGUAUUAUUGCUGUGAGGAUGGAGCCUGCAUGUGUGCCUCCUGCUGCCUGGAUGGAGAACAUAGGGGCCACCGGGUGGAGCUGAUGAGUGAGGCCUCAGAGAAGAAGAAAGAGAAACUCAGGAGAGUUCUGGAGAAACUGACCCCAGAGAGAGAGAAGGUGGAGGAGAGAGUCCAGAACCUGCAGGAGCGCAGGAAAGAAGUGCACGAAAAGGCAGUUGGUAUAACAGAGCAGAUUAGCGACCUCUUUAGAGACAUCAGGGAACAUCUGAAUCUUCUAGAAGAACAACUACACAUUCAGCUCUCCUUGCAGAAGGUCAUGGUUUCACUUGAAGUCUGGGAUCUGAUCCGAGAGCUGGAUAUAAAGAAGGGCGAGCUGUCCUGGAAGAUCCAUCACAUUGAGGAGCUGUGCAACAUGGCAGAUCCACUCACUGUCCUACAGGAACAGGAAUCAAAUGGAGCUGAAUUUUGUGGGGCUGAGAGGGCAGAUAAUGAAGAGGAAUAUAAUGCUGAGGAAGAGGAUGAUACAGAGGAGGAUACUGAGAGGGCAGAUAAUGAGACCAGAGAGGGAGAUGAUACGAAGGUCCAUGUAGUGAGGGAUGUAGAUGUGGAGGAGAUCUCAGAGAAAUUACUCACAGGCUUAGCUGGGAUUAUGAGUUGGGUGAGGAGAUGGUGGGUCUAUGGGCAGGAGGCUACAGACCUGGUACUGGAUACAAGCUCUGCUGCCAAUGAUGUGUCUGUAUCAGAGGACAGGAAAUCUGUAUGUUCAUCAGAGACCAUCCAUUGUCACCCAGAUGCACCCGAGAGAUUUGAGUCUUAUCAGGUUUUGAGCACCAUGAGUUUCUCCUCGGGGCGACAUUACUGGGAUCUGGAUGUGAGUGAACUGUGGGGCUGGUUUGUGGGGGUGGCCUAUCCCAGUAUAGACCGGGAGGGAGACCAGUCCAUUAUUGGAAAUAAUAACAAGUCCUGGCAUUUAGGUUUAGACCUAGUGAAUGAUAAGUAUUCAGUGCGGCAUGACUGGGUAGAUACGGAGUUACCCUACACCCCCGCCUGUUGGAGAAUUCGAGUCUUUUUGGACUAUGAGGCCGGACGUCUGUCCUUCUAUGAGCUGAGUGAUCCAAUCAGACACUUACACACUUUCACUGCCACAUUCACUGAGCCCCUCCAUGCUGCAUUCUGUAUAGGGAGGGGGUGGGUUAGAAUUAUAAGUUAGUCAUUCUACCCUGGUAUUGAACAUGGAACACGUGUGUAUGAACUGGAUAUUACACAUGAUGAAUUCCUUUAGUCUGGGCCCCAGAUGCUUAAAGAUGAAGGCAUGAAUAUACAAAUUUUUUUUUUUUUUGCUUCAAUUUGGGGAAAUUGUGCCAAAAAAAUGUGAAUUUGAUUGUUCUCAAGUUCAAGUUUUUCAAACUUCCAAAUGGAAUAAUCAUAAUAAUAAAUUUUUUUUUUUCAUGA